AUGGAGCUCAUUGUUUUCGAAGAACUUGAUCCACGAGAACCACAAAUAGAUUUACCAGAAAUGGAAGGAGGAUGUCCGGUGAUAAUUGAAGGAAAAGAUGAUUUACCGACAUUUGAUUUGAUACAUCGGUUCCAAUUGGAUGACAUGACUAUGGAGUUUCCGGGAGUAAAGAGAGUUCGCGGAUCUAAUAAAAUUCAAACGGCUUAUCGUUUGUCUAAGAAAGCAGAUCUAACACUUCCAACCGGCCAAAUAUUUCCAGAAGGACUUCCCCAACAGUUUUCUUUUGUAUGUUCUUUCCGUAAGAGGCCAUCAAAAGAGGAGACGUGGACUAUAGUUAGGAUUAGUGACGAGUCAGGAGCCGCACAAUUUGGCAUAACUUAUUUACCAAAGAAACAGCGCAUAGACUUAUAUACAUUGGAUUAUAACAAUCGGAUUCAAACUUUAAAAUUUUCAGACAUUAAUUGUAUUGAGAAUGAGUGGAACAAAAUCCACUUCAGUGUUGUCGCCGACAAAGUCUCACUCUUUCAUAAUUGUCAGUACAAGUCAUCACUUCCUAUUGAUAUCAGAAGUCCUAUCAGUUUAAAUGGUGACAUUUGGUUAGCCAAAUAUGAAGACGAUUUGAUGACUGUUCCUAUUGAUCUCCAAUAUCUUGUUAUGAGUUGUGAUCCAACGCGACCUGAAAGGGAAACGUGCGCUGAAAUUGUGACUAAAAAAACAAUUGUACCAAAACCUCCUUUUCUUCCAACACCAUCUCCAACACAACCAAUCAGUGAAUGUCCCAUUUGUCCGCCCGGACCACAGGGAGCACCGGGUCCAGUUGGACCAAGUAUUAUUGGUGAACCAGGACAACAAGGUGUUAAAGGAGAAAAAGGUGACAUUGGUUUGACAGGAGAUAAAGGGGAUAAAGGUGAUAUAGGUAUUCAAGGAUUACCAGGUUUAGAUGGAUCUCCGGGUUCACCGGGAAUACCAGGAAAAGAUGGAGUCGGCAUUGGUAUACCUGGAGAAAGUGGUUCACCGGGAGAACCAGGUGAGCCAGGUAUCGAUGGUAUUGAUGGAAAAGAUGGACUGCCAGGAGAACCGGGACCUAUUGGGCCACAAGGAUCUGCUAUAAUUGGAGAACCGGGUCCUAAAGGAGAGAUGGGUGAACCAGGAGAACAGGGAUUUAAUGGUUUAAAUGGAGAAAAGGGAGAAAAAGGAGAUACGGGAACUGAUGGAACUAAAGGUGAACCGGGACUUACUGGACAACAGGGAGCACACGGCUUAACUGGAUUGCAAGGACCACCAGGUCCUCCAGGCAUAAUAGGUCUUCCCGGACCAAUAGGUCCGAUGGGAUUACCGGGUCUAACCGGUCAAGGAUGUGAAAAUAAAUGUGAAGUUAUAUACGAAACGAGCAAUUCUGGAGAAAUGGGAUUACCAGGUGUUCAGGGAGAGUCUGGUCCUCCCGGACCACCAGGAGAAAAAGGUAGUCCUGGUGAACCAGGUAGCCCAGGUCUACCAGGUCAACGUGGAACUCCAGGGUUGUCAGGUCAGACAGGACCGAGAGGACAAACAGGUGCUCACGGGGUUCCAGGAAUUCCAGGAAAAACUUACAGUGAAGAUGAAGUAAAAGAGAUUAUAAAAAAUAUGAAUGAACUUCAAUCAAGAUUUCAAGGACCACCCGGCAUACCUGGCAAAAAUGGAAAAUCUAAAAUUGGACCACCUGGACCAUCAGGACCUUCUGGAGCACCGGGAUUAUUAGGACCACAAGGAGAAAGAGGAGAAACUGGAUUACCGGGUCUUCCUGGUUCUCCCGGAGCUCAGGGAAGCAAAGGAGAUAAAGGAGAUCAGGGUAUUAAAGGGGAGAAAGGAGAUGAAGGAGAUGUCGGACAGAUGGGAUCUUCUGGACCGAAAGGACCGCCAGGACCACAGGGAAUUGGACUACCCGGACCACCGGGUGAAAGGGGACAUUCAGGUAGAAAGGGUGCUCAGGGAAUACCCGGAUCACAAGGUCCGGUAGGAGCACCCGGUUAUUGUGAACAAUGUAAUUAUGGAGGACAGGAUUUGGCUCAUGCCUUACAAAUCAUUGUGCAAUCACAACAACAGGGUCUCGAUAAGGGACCGCCUCAUUGA